AGAUGGCUUGUAUUUCGUCCAUAGUCUGCUUGGUCGCCAUGAUACUUGGUGCCAAUGCAGGAGGAGUUUACGGCCCCAGUAACGGAGGUGGAAAUGGUGGAGGUAAUGGAAAUAUGAUGUCCAACAUGAUGAAUAUGAUAAAUAUGAAAAAAUUGAUGAUGAUGGCAAUGAUGAACAAAAUGAUGCCGGUAGAUUACCCCAUGCCAAACCCUGGGCCUUCAUACCCAGGGCCCAUGAAACCUAUGAUGCCUGAUUACCCAAUGCCAAACCCAGGGCCCAUGAAACCUAUGAUGCCUGAUUACCCAAUGCCAAACCCAGGGCCCAUGAAACCUAUGAUGCCUGAUUACCCAAUGCCAAACCCAGGGCCAAUGAAACCUAUGAUGCCUGAUUACCCUAUGCCAAACCCAGGGCCGAUGAAACCUAUGAUGCCUGACUACCCUAUGCCUAACCCAGGGCCAAUGAAACCUAUGAUGCCUGAUUACCCAAUGCCAAACCCAGGGCCAAUGAAACCUAUGAUGCCUGAUUACCCAAUGCCAAACCCAAGGCCCAUGAAACCUAUGAUGCCUGACUACCCUAUGCCAAACCCUGGACCUACCUAUCCUAUGCCACCUCUACCUAAACCCAUGCAAAUGUAUUGAUUGACCAUGAUGUAAAUGAAUAUUCCAAAAUGGUAUGUGUGUGUUGUUCUCA